CCUACAGCACUACACGGCUUAACUGUCGGAAGAUAAGCUGAAUGUAAUUGACACCAAUACAAAAAAGCCAUGCUUCACUAUGGGAAGAUAACCUGCUUCCUUUUGAUUUCAGCCUGUUUUUGUCCUUCACCCGGAUACUUGCAAGAAGCAGUGCACGCUGAACAUAGGAAACCGUUUUUCGAGAGGUUAAGAAGACUAGAGGAACAGUUCCGCAGAUUUCAGCAAAUGACACUUACCCGCCUUCAAGGAAUUGCAGACAACUACAAUGUAUCUUAUAACAUCGAUGCCCAUUUUCAGCUGUUAACAGAGCAGUACCAGAACAUCUCAGAUAACAUCAACGGGUUCAAGGCUACGGCAGAAAAUGACCUCAGCAGCUUAAAGUUCUGGACCAGGAAGCUUCAGAAGAAGAGCAAGAAGCUUGACUUGAAGGUGAAUGCCUUGGAGAAAGCUGUAAAUGAUAUUAACAGGCAACAAACCAAGGAUAAAAAAGAGCAGGCUCUUUUACUGACUAAUUUGACAGAAGAAGUUCAAAGUCAGAAAAAUCAAAUCACUUCUCUUUUUGCAAACAAAGAUAAAAUAGAGGCAAAUGUGCAGAUUCUGCAAGAAGCAGUGAAUGGUCAAAGGGUCAAAGUGGACCAGUUUGAGGAGCAAGUGAGAACUGCUCUGCAGAAUGAUGUUGUCUCUUUUAGGACUUUCUCCCAGCAGAAAUCUAAUGAAACUCCCAAAGACAAAUCCCCAGGAAGUCCAGAAACUCCUACAAAGCAGGUAAAGAAGACAAUGGCCUCCAACCAAAAGCUCCAAGUUAAACAUUUGCGGAGCAAGCAAUUGCAGCAGAAACAGCAGCCGCCCCAGCCAACCAGAGUAGACCCAACUCAAGAAACUGAAACCCAGCCUACCACUGAAAGUCUGAUAAAAUUUAACCAGCUGAAACCUCAAAGCCCCACUAAGAUUCCUCAGAUGCAAAAGAUCUCCAAGCAUCAAGAAAAACCAAUCAAAGAUGGCACAAUAUGCAACGUGAAAUCAAUGCUUUAUUUCCCUAACUCUUCCACGGAUGAUUAUGUGACAUUCAAGAAAGGUGUUUCUACUGGAAUUCAUGAGCUUUCCAUCUGUACCUGGCUGCAGGUUGGUUCUGGUUAUCUGGGCACAAUGCUGUCCUACGCUACAGAAGAAAAUGAUAACAAGCUUGUGCUGCACGGACGCAACUCCACCACCCAGACCAGUAUUCACUUUGUUAUUGGUGAUCCAGCCUAUAGAGAACUGCCUGUUGACUCACUCCUGGAUGGCAAAUGGCACCACAUCUGUCUCAUUUGGUCUUCCAUUGAGGGCAAAUAUUGGUACUACAUUGACAGGAGGUUGGUGUCAACUGGAUCAAAAUUUCAGAAGGGAUAUGAGAUUUCCCCCGGAGGAUCACUUGUCAUUGGUCAAGAGCAAGACUCAAUGGGAGGAGGUUUUGACAUCACAGAGUCCUUUGUUGGAAGCCUUGCGGGAUUUGCAGUGUGGAACCAAGCUUUGACCCCUGGUGAAGUAUCUGGAAUUGUAAUGGGGAAAGGACUCCCACGGGGGACAAUCAUCACGCUGGAUGAUAUUGCAGAAGUGAAGGGAAACGUGCAGCACAUAGCAUGUGGCUGUCUGGAAUAUUGUUUUUAAGAAUACUGGGAGUUUACAUGUUCCCUUUAUGUCUUGUUUCAUGUAACACCUUUCCUGGAGUGCUAAAUCUCAAAGCGCUUCAAAUUACCAACAUAUUAGAUAUGUGUACAUCUAGAGCACUGGGUGUGUCGAAUGACAUGCUUGAGGGUGAGAUUUUAGCAUAUCACCUUGUGCUUCCAAGGGCCUCUGCUUGUCUGAAGCAGAGAGUGCCACAUUAAGCCGCUCCAUAUUUAAAACUAACUUUAAAGCAUAUGCUUGAAGUGCCUUGUAUAAACGAUUUUUCCAAACCCAUAAGCAGUGUCUUGGAGAGCAGCAGAAGCAACACAUCUUGCCUCAUCUUUAAAGAAGAAAACAGAGAACCCAUGGCGCAUUUUAUUUUGAAAUUUAAAAAGAAGCAAACUCCUUUGAAAAGAACAUAAAAAAAAUCCUAAUAUGUGCUUUUAGUUUUGAAGCAAGCAUGUGAAUAAUUUGAAAGGAUUGCGUUCAAGCUGUUUAAAGUUUGCUGUUCAAGAAUAUUUUUGAUAGAGUUACUUUGUAAGCCUAUGGGAUCUGUUAAUUAAUAAGUCAUGUGAUCCAUUCUAUUCUCAUUGAUUUAAUCCCAUGCUGAGCAAUGGCAGAAGCCUGUACUAAAGAGGAAUCAAAAUGUGAUGGCAUGUCAAUUGGCAGCACUCACACACACUACCCAAGCUUAACUUUAAUUGUAAGAAAAUAGACUUAAAGGGAAAACAAAAACAAUGAAAUCAUCCAUCUUAGAGAACAAUCAUUCACACAGCUACACUAGAUAUCUAUUAAAAAAUAUUCUUGGGGUAUAUUGCUAUUACUCAGCUAGCUUAAAUUGACUUUCCUCAAAAUUAGUAAGUUUUAAAGCUUUAUUUAAUCAUCUCUAGUGCAACUAACUUAAAGUUUCCUGGUGUCACAUUAAGAAUUAUUCGUGUAGAAGCAAUUUCAUUUCUUUAAUUA